AUGGCAAAAAAUAGAAAUAUAGUACUUCAUAAUCCAAUUGAAAAACAAUUUAAUGACGUGUCGAGAUAUCAUUACUACCUAUUCUUAUUAAUAUUUUCAAGUAAAAUACCAAUCUUCUGGCAUGUAUUGAAUUUGAUCUUCCUGUCACCGCCUAUGGACUAUAUAUGCAAUAGCAUUGGAAGGAAUUCAUCAAAGAAUUCAUGUCCAUGCGACGACCCGCUAUGGGACAGAAGCGUGUUUGCUGAAACAAUGCAAACUAAAUUUGGAUUAUAUUGCGAAAGCAUUUGGCUAAUUAGCUUUUCGCAAAGCAUGAUGUAUGUUGGAUUGUUAGUCGGCGCUCUGGUCUUUGGAUUCUUGUCAGAUAAAUAUGGUCGACUUUCCAUGUUUACAAUGAGUUGUCUUAUCUUAGCUGUAUCUGGUUGCUUAGUAAGCGCUAUGCCUACGGCUACUGCUUACAUAUUCAUGCGAAAUAUUGAGGGUAUCGGUACAGGCGGCGCUAUGAUUACGGCUUAUGUACUGUGUAUCGAAUAUAGCGGAUUGAAGCAUAGAGAAAUAGUUACCGCACUCUUUCACUUACCAAUAAACAUCAGUCACAUGACUUUACCUGGAAUAUCAUAUUUGUUGCGUCACUGCGAUGAUUUUCAACUGGCACUAUCGAUUCCUGUUUUCUUCUACGUAACCUUGAGAUGGUUAACGAUGGAAUCACCGAAAUGGCUGAUGGAUAGCGGUCGUAUUGAUGAAGCUGUUAAAGUUAUGAAAAAAAUUGCAAUUUUCAAUGGAAUAUCUAGUGACAAUAUCAGAGAACAAAUAGAAGAAUAUCACGCACAGCACUCGACGAAAACGCGGAAACAGAUUAAGUUUUGGCAGAUAUUCAAACACAAAAAAAUAACGAUGAACGUGUUUUAUAUGUCAGUAAUAUAUUUUCUAUGCGGUAUGGGUUAUUAUGGUGUGUCUCAAUAUAUUGGAAAAAUGAGUGGAGACAUUCACAUCAAUGUUGCAAUAUCUGGUGCCUUAUUGGUACCAGGCACGAUAGCUGCAGUAUUUCUACUUAAGCUUUUAAACAGGAGAACAUUUUUGAUGAUAACUAUUAUUCUUUCUGGUACUUUCAUGCUUCUCAGUAUAUGUGUUCCGAUUCAUUUAAGUUGGAUUCGGGUUGUCAUCAGUUGUAUUUGUAAUUGUUUCUUUUUCAUGUCAUUCAUAAUCGCCUUCCUUUUUACAGUUGAACUGUUUCCUACGUCAGUUAGAAAUUCAGUGCUAGGUUUUUUAUCAGUAUUGUCAAGAGUUGGUCAAAUUACUGCACCUCUUAUAAACUCUUUACCGGAAAAUGCGUCGGGUGCUGUCUUCGGAGUACUUGGUUUGAUUGGGAUAAUUUUUUGUUAUUUACUUCCUGAAACUAAAGACACUGAACUUCCCUCGUCUUUGGAUGAUUCCAAAUUAUUGACUCGCAGAGGAACAAGUCUUGAGCUCAACAUUGCGAUAACUUGA